AUGAGACUGAAGUAUCUUCGCACAAAGCCUCGCAAGGUGAUCGAGGCCAGCCCCUGUAUUGCCGAGAUGGGUGCCAUGAUCCAGUGCUGGACCGCCUCCGGAGUCGAUGAUGCCAAGUGUAUGCAAUCCGCCAAGAUGCUCGCUGACUGCAUGAAGAACUUGCCCACGAAGACGAAGAAGGUUAACACUGUUAACUACCACUUGGCCCGCCUCCAGAAGCAGCUUUAA